GUCCGUCACCAGGGCAAGCGAUGUGUUGCACAGAGCUCCUCAUAGAGUGUGCACUCUAUGAGGAGCUCUGUGGCGCGGUGAAAUGCCUGGCGGGCAGGGUCGUCCUACUGAAGUUCUGUCGUUGGGUUGUGCUUUUCUUUCAACAAGUCGGACGUGUCUCCCGGACCGAUGCACCGCGGAUGCGGACUGUCCAGCCAACGAGACCUGCGUGUCCGGAAGCUGCCGCUGCCUGCCUGGAUACGUGGUCGAAGAUGCCAACUGCAAGGCGGCAGAAUGUCUAAGUAACCGGGACUGCUUCUGGAAAAACAGCGAGUGUGUGUCGGGAAGAUGCACUUGUCGUGUCGGAUGCAGCAUCAUCGCUGGUGAAUGCAACCGAAAAACCUUCGGCCACUGCAGUCAAGAGUGCGACUCCACUGUUCCCAACAGCCUCUGCGGUGAGAGGCCCUGGUGUACCUGCAAGCCUGGAUACGUCUACAGGGACCAAGAUGGCGUCGCCUCCUGCGUCGCUAUCCAGUGCUCCCGCCUGUCGCCGUGUCAGGACAGCCAGAGACAGUGCGUACACUACCAGUGCGUCUGCGCAAAUACUUCAAGGCCGUGCGAUUGGAACCAGGACCUGGCGCUCCAAGUCUUCGAGGAGGAGGGUGCGGUCUACAAGACCGUCGUAUUGUUCCUUGGCGGCGCUCUCACGUUCAUUCUGGUAGCCAGUGUACCGGUGGUCGUACUUCAGAGAGUUCGAGUCUGCAGACAGAGCGGAGCAAGCUGUGUGGAGCCGCUAGAUCUUACUGCUGCUUCCGCAGGGUCAGAGAGGGCCCCAAAAAGACCGUAUCCGUUCGAAGUACCAUUCAGCUGA